AUGCCUAACACGUCAAGGAGGUCGCAAAUGCUCUCCAGCCCGACAUCCAGAAUAAUUUCAACGAGGCGAAUGCUAGUGACGAUGCUGCAAAAUGAGUACAUCAGAGCGUUGGGCCAAAUUACGAACCUCGAAGCCGCUGCAGCGGCUUUAUCUACACGGGACGACUGGUAUACGCUGGUGUUCAAGCGCUUUACAGGAGUUCUGUCGUGGACGCCCUCAAAAGAAUCGGAAACGAGAAAGCUUAUGAAUACCAACAAUCUUGCCAAUUCUGGUACCAACCCGGCAUCAAGUCAAUUUCCUGGCUACGCAUCUUCCAUAGAUACUAGUAGCACCAGAGGAAGCAUUUCCCCGCCGACAUCAGCCUACGACGCGUCAUCUGCAUCCCUAGCUCGCUCGGACAGGAGCGUGAGCCUACUUGAUUCAUGGCUUCAAGAAGGCGAGCGCAUCCGACAAGAUGGAUACAUUCCGACUCAACGAUAUAUUCUUGCCAGCUCCCCGACAAAUCCCAGGGCAGCACGGUCUCCUACUUGCCGGUGCAGGAAUGUGGAUCUAUCCCCAGACAAUAUGGUACAGGAGUGA